GCAUGGGACUCCGCUUCACACAUCACGGGGAGGGGUGAAUGGAAUAGCAGACAGAAAGUUUUAGUACCACGGACUUAACAUGAACUAAGGAGAAACUGGGACCAUUCUACAAAUAUUUACAAAUGCCUAGUGACCCACCGUGUCAUAUUUCUGCUGGCGUGAGUGUGUUUAGGCCUACCGAGCGAUAACUCGUGUUAUGGAACAGCAAGUGAGUGAUGAAGAAGAACCUCAACCUGUCGUCCUUAGAGAAGAGAACCGGAGGAGGAGAAGAAAGAUGAAAGCCUUCACCUCCACCCUCUCCGUGGCCAUGGAUCAGAUAGCCGUCGAGUUCGUCCUCCCCACCACCACUAAGAGUAGCCGCAGCCCGGACACCUUGCUCCUGGAGGUGGCUGGGAACUGGACGGUGGAGCAGGUGAAAGCCCAGGUGUGGCUGAGGGUAGUAGCCACCAACCUGUGCCCCGAGUUCUACCAGAAGUACUCCCCUGACCACUGCAUCCUGCUCUACCAGAAGAAGGGCAACUGGUGUGAGAUCUACGAUAAGCACCAGGUGUUUCAGACCCUGGACUGCAUCCGCUACUGGAAAGCUCUAAAGAAAGAUGUGGGGAAGAUCCACUUGACGUGCCGGCCUCAGCCCUCUGAGGAGUCCACACAGUACCAGAGGUAUCUCAACUACCUGAUUGGCUACGACGUCACCGACGUCAGCAACGUACACGAUGACGAGCUGGAGUUCACCAGGAGGAAGCUCCUCACACCCCGCAAGAUAGAGCUGGCCGACCGGGACCCCAAACUCUACUCAAUGGACCCUUGGAUCACAUCCAAGCACCUCCCAGAGUACCUGCUCACCAAGGUGACCAACAGCCACAUCCUGCUGGUCAUUCACAGGAACAAGGCCAGCCAGACCAUCAAGGUGUCCAUCGACGACACGCCCGUCCAGGUGCUCCAGACCUUCUUUACGAAGAUCUCCAAUAAGAGGGCUCUGCUGGGAGUUCCUGAGGAUGUGUGUGAGGCAGACUAUGUCCUGAGAGUGUGUGGCAGGGAAGAGUAUAUCUAUGGGAACCACCCGGUCAGGGACUUCCACUGGGUCCGACAGUGUCUGAAGAACGGGGAGGAGAUCCAUCUGGUCCUGGAGUCGGCUCCUAAUCCAGGUCAAGACCUGGUCCAGAAAGAGGACUGGGCACAGGUGGAUGACUGUACUGGAGUGGCAGGCACCCAUGAGCAGCUGACGAUCGACGAGAAAGACCACGAGCGGGUCUUCACAAUCUCUCUGUGGGACUGUCACAGGAAGUUCAGGGUUAAAGUCCUGGGCAUAGACAUCCCGGCCCUGCCGAGGAACCCUGAGCUGAUCGUGUAUGUGGAGGCCAGUAUCUUCCAUGGCCAGCAGCUCCUGGCUCAGGAGAGGACCUCCUCCAAGGCUUUCACUGAGGAGGUGCUGUGGAACACCUGGCUGGAGUUUAAUAUACGCAUCAGAGACCUGCCCAAGGGGGCUCGCCUCAGCCUACAGGUGUCCUGUGGGAAGGCCCAGACCCAGACUUCUAAGGGCACCUCCUACCAGGACAACGGAGGAUCCCCAGUUGGAAGUGGCAGCGGCAGCCAUGAUUGUAAUAAGACUAAGAGUCGUCUGCUGUAUUACGUCAACCUGCUGCUGGUGGACCACCGCUCGCUGCUGCGCCAGGGAGAGUUCAUCCUCCACAUGUGGAAGAUGCCUGAGAAGACCGAGGACAACAGCAGCGUCAAUGCAGACAAGCUGACCUCAGCCACCAACCCAGACAAGGCCUCCUCCCUGGCCGUAGCCAUCCUGCUGGACAAGUACUGCUACCCAGUGGCCCUGCCCAAGAGCAGGGAGGGCAAGGAGGCCGGGGGGGAGGGUCGGGAGGCCGAGGGAGGGGAGAGGGGGCAAAGGGAGAUGCCUAACCACCUGAGGAAGCAGUUUGAGGCAAUUGUUGAGACCGAUCCACUGCACCCUCUCAGCCAAGAAGACAAAGAGCUGCUGUGGCACUUCAGAGAGGAGUGUAUGCGUCACCCCAGGGCAUACCCCAAGCUGCUGGGCUCUGUGCGGUGGGGUAGACAGGAGGCUGUCCUGGCCACCCAUAGGCUGUUGGAGAGGAGCUCUGUGUGGGACCGUAGUGUGCUGGAUGUGGGCCUGGCCAUGCAGCUGUUAGACUGCCACUACUCUGACGCUCACGUCCGCUCCAUGGCCGUACGCAAGCUAGAGACCCUGGGGGACGACGACGUCCUGAGGUACCUGCUGCAGCUGGUCCAGGCUGUGAAGUUUGAGCCGUACCAUGACAGUGCCCUGGCCAGGUUCCUGUUGAAGAGAGCUCUCAGGAGUAAGAGGAUAGGUCAUUUCCUUUUCUGGUUCCUGAGGAGUGAGAUCGCCCAGUCCAUGCAUUACCAGCAGAGGUACGCUGUGCUGCUGGAAGCCUACCUCCGAGGCUGUGGAGAGGACAUGCUGCAGGACUUCAGACGCCAGGUGGAGAUGACAGAAGCCCUGCAGAAAGUCACCAGGGAGAUCAAGGCCAUGUCUGCUGAGAAAUAUGAUGUUUCUGCACAAGUUGUGUUCCAGCUGCGUCAGAAGCUGGAGAACCUGCAGACGUCUGGGCUGCCAGAGAGCUUCAGAGUGCCCUAUGACCCGGGUCUACGGGCUGGUGCUCUGGUGAUAGAGCAGUGUAAGGUGAUGGCCUCUAAGAAGAGACCGCUGUGGCUGCAAUUUAAGAGGGCUGACCCCACCACGCUGUCCAGUGACACCAUCGGGGUCAUCUUUAAGGACGGGGAUGACCUCAGGCAGGACAUGCUCAUUCUACAGAUUCUGCUGAUCAUGGAGUCCAUAUGGGAGGAAGAGUCUUUGGACUUGUCCUUACUGCCCUACGGUUGUAUCUCUACUGGGAAUAAAAUAGGGAUGAUUGAGAUAGUGAAAGAUGCCACCACUAUUGCCAACAUCCAGCAGAGCGUUGUGGGAAGCACAGGAGCGUUCAAGGACGAGAUCCUCAACCAAUGGCUGCGGGACAAGUGUGUGAGCGAGGAAAAGUUCCAGCAGGCGGUGGAGAGGUUUGUGUUCUCCUGUGGAGGGUACUGUGUGGCCACCUACGUGCUGGGGGUAGGAGACAGACACAACGACAACAUCAUGAUCACUGAAUCUGGUAACCUGUUCCACAUUGACUUUGGCCACAUACUGGGGAACUAUAAGAGUUUCCUGGGUAUCAGUAAGGAGAGGGUUCCCUUCGUCCUCACCCCUGACUUCCUCUAUGUCAUGGGCACAUCAGGGAAGAAGAGCAGCCCACAUUUCCAGAAGUUCCAGGAUGUGUGUGUGCGGGCCUACCUGGCUCUGAGGCAUCACACCAACCUCCUCGUCAUCCUGUUCUCCAUGAUGCUGAUGACGGGCAUGCCUCAGCUCACCAGCAAAGAAGACAUCGAGUACAUCCGCGAAGCGCUGACUGUGGGCCGGCCGGAGGAGGAGGCACAACGCCACCUGCUGGACCAAAUAGAGAUCUGCAGGGACAAGGGUUGGACCGUGCAGUUCAACUGGUUCCUACACCUGGUGCUGGGCAUCAAGCAGGGGGUGGAUAAACGCUCAGCCUAGGGUGCUCCCCUUAUGGUGUCAAUGGCUUAGUGGGCUGGCAACACCAGAGGGGUGGGUUCAAAUCCCACAUGGGCCACAUAUGUGAUAAUUGUAAGCCACUUUAGGUAAAGAUUACUAUGUUGAUUGGACUCCCAAAUAAGGAGAGAGGGAGAUAUAGUCAGAGACCAAAGUCUGGAUCUAAAAGUUUGUCAACCCUUCCUCAAUGAUGUAACCAGUUGUUCUGAUGCAUUGCCCAUUGACUGUACCAUGGACUGUAUACAGUAAGAGUCUUAUUUUUGCACUUUCAAGAUCAAAGCCUGAUCUUACCAUAUGUUUAUGAGUUCUACAUAAAUAUUGACCCCUGUUCCUCUGCUAAUGCACUGCAUCUGAUUGUAUCAUCUGUUAAUAUAACAUCCGACUUGCAUGACUGAUGGUGGCAAUACCAUAAUAAACCUAAUCAUAGAGAAAUAUAGUUAUAUAUUAUGUCUCAUCGCUAGAGGUCGACAUGCAGAUGUUAAACUGAGUGACUCACCAACCUCGUCAGAGGAAGAGGUCUCUAGGAAACCAAAGGAAGCUUUUCCACACCCGGGAUGGUGGUGGAGUGUGUGAGGAGACAGCUCGGUGACAGGAGAUGGCUCCCAGACCUUCGUCCUGCUGCUCGCCUCAUUGCUACGGGAGAUACAGAAACACACCCGAAAAUCCCCCGGGAAGGUGCCAAGCGUUUGGCUGAAGCUCUGCUGGCCUUUGGAUUGGACGAGCUCAGUAAUGUUAUCACUGUUGGAGUGGCUCCACCUGGCUCCUCCCGUUCAGACACACACACCCCAGGACAGACAGAUACACCCACUCUGUGUCGCCUACUCAGUGCUUUCCUUCACACCCGGAUCAGCCCUACUCAUGCAGAAAUCAUCAGCCAACUGAACUGUGAGCUGCUCUCCCAUUGGAGUUGCCAUGGCGACUUCGUAAAUGAACACUUCCCUGCUCUGCACACAACAGUAGCAGGCUUCCUAUUGGCUGUUCCAGUCUGCUGGAGGUCAUACAUGCAGAUUUCUCUACACCCCUCCCAUUCUGCCACCAUGGACCAAUCGGGGCCCUUGCGGUGACAGAACACCUGGAACCCAGCCUACAGAUUGGUGGAACUGUAUUGGAGCUGGGUGGGGCUAAUGUAGGGAUAGAAAGUGUGUGUGUGAGAUCAGGGUGGGGGUUAGACAGUGUGUGUGUCACCCUACAGCAUGUAGGAGUGUCUCUGCUCCUCUCAUCAGUCAGACAGUCGGAGGCCUUCCUGGCUGCAGUGGGGAGGUACGCUGUGUGUGUGUUAGAGUGUGUGUGAAGACGACCUUACCUUGUUCUCUGUGCUCAGUGGAACCCAGCCUGUCUCAGACUGGGCCGUGAUUGGACAGGAACAUGUUGCUACGGUGACCUUCUGCUGGUGCUGGGAGCUCACAGGUUCGUCAAUGUGGGGUUUCCUAAGGCAGAGGACAGGGGCAGACCCCACAGUCUGGUUGUGUGUGGACAGACAGAGGGCCAGGCGGAACAGAGUGUAUGUGCUGUACGAGAUGCUCUACACAUGCUGCAUACUACUACCUGGGUGCCCAAACACAGGACUAGAGCUACAGAAAGAACCACUUACACACACACAGACAUGAUGGAGCCUUGUAGUGUAAUUUCCGUGGGCAGGACUUUUGACUUCCUGUUACGCCACACCCUCCGUCAAACAAAGACACGCACACUCCGUCAAACACAGACACGCACACUCCGUCAAACACAGACACGCACACUCCGUCACACUUGGACACCCCUGCCGCCUCGGGGAUGUUAGCAGAGGCCCUACUGAGUGUGCCCAGACAGAUCUACUCCCACAAUCCUCGGCGCUACCUUGAGGCUCUCGCACACACUCUCAGCUGCAUACGUAACCAUGGUAACUCUCCGGACCCGCUGGAGACAGUGCUGUUCUGGUAGUGGAUGGUUCUAAUAUGGUCCAGGCUGACACUAUGUCAAGGUCUAUGUCUGGGUCAGGGGUAAAGGAGGUGACAGUUUGGUCAAGCUCUGGCUCUAGUUCAGGUGUGGAGUCAGUGUCCUGUAUGUAUCAUCUGAUCCUGGCUGUUCUACAGUGUCUCAGGAGUCUAGUGUCUGUGGACACUGUACUACACGCUAAUACCUCACACACCUGUCAGAGAGAAGAGGAGGAGGGUGACGACUGAGAACUCAUACUUGAUUUUAUUUCAUUGUACAUCCAAAAGUUUUGUAUUCAAUUCUUGAAAAAGUAAACUCCUGGUGUAGUAUGUCUUUUCAUAUGAAUUUCUAUGUUAAUAAAUCCAAUUUGAUUAAAUGGUUA